GCGGAGAAGGAAGAUGGCGGCGGCGGGUAGCGCGCUGGGUCUACGGCGGAGGAGGAAGAGCGGCGGGAUGGCGGCGGCGGCGGCCGUGUUGGUGCUGGUGGCCCUGGCGGGCCUGGCCCGGGGCGCGGCCGGGAGCGGAGGGUCCCGCACGCUCGUGCUGCUGGAGAACAUGAACCUCAAGGACACCCACUCGCUCUUCAUGCGCAGCCUGGCAGAUAGGGGCUUUGAUCUCACCUUCAGGACUGCUGAUGACCCUGGACUGUCUCUCAUUAAAUAUGGAGAGUUCCUGUAUGACAACCUCAUCAUAUUUUCUCCAUCUGUAGAAGAUUUUGGAGGCAACAUCAAUGUGGAGACAAUCGCUGCUUUUAUCGACGGAGGUGGAAGCGUCCUAGUGGCGGCCAGUUCGGAUAUAGGUGACCCUCUUCGAGAGCUGGGAAGCGAAUGUGGGAUCGAGUUUGAUGAAGAGAAGACGGCAGUCAUCGACCACCACAACUACGAUAUCUCUGACCUGGGCCAGCACACCCUCAUUGUGGCAGAUUCUGAGCAUCUCCUGAAAGCUCCUACGAUUGUGGGAAAGAGGCCACUGAACCCCAUCCUCUUCAGGGGUGUCGGGAUGGUGGCUGAUCCCGACAAUCCUCUUGUCCUGGACAUCUUGACAGGCUCCUCGACUUCGUAUUCCUUCUUCCCUGAUAAACCCAUCACGCAGUACCCACAUGCCGUUGGGAAGAACACCCUCCUGAUCGCUGGUCUCCAGGCCCGAAAUAACGCCCGCGUCGUCUUCAGCGGCUCCCUGGAUUUCUUCAGUGACGCCUUCUUCAACUCUGCCGUGCAAAAAGCCACCCCUGGAUCCCAGAAGUACUCCAAAACCGGGAAUUACGAGCUGGCCAUGGCCUUGUCCCACUGGGUGUUCAAGGAGGAAGGUGUCCUGCGUGUGGGAGAGGUGUCUCACCAUCGUGUAGGGGAGGCUGUGCCGCCCAGUGCCUACACCGUCACCGACCUAGUGGAGUACAGCAUCGUAAUUGAAAAGCUCUCCGACGGGAGGUGGAUCCCCUUCGAUGGCGAUGAUAUCCAGCUCGAGUUUGUCCGCAUCGACCCAUUUGUGAGGACUUUUCUCAAGAGGAACGGAGGCAAGUACAGCGUCCAGUUCAAACUGCCCGACGUCUACGGCGUGUUCCAGUUCAAAGUAGAUUACAACCGGCUGGGCUACACCCACCUGUACUCCUCCACGCAGGUGUCUGUGCGGCCCCUCCAGCACACACAGUACGAGCGCUUCAUCCCCUCGGCGUAUCCCUACUACGCCAGUGCCUUCUCCAUGAUGGUGGGCCUCUUCCUGUUCAGCAUCGUCUUCCUGCACAUGAAAGAGAAGGAGAAAUCUGACUGAGGGUCUCCCCAGAGGAGGAGGAGGAGGAGGAGGAGGAGGAGGGGCAAGAGCGGGGCUUCUUCCGAGACAUUCGUCCCGAGCACCGGGGCCACGGAAUCAAAUUCUGGCGUCUGGCGUCUGCAGGCUCCUAGGGACCAGGAGCUGGGGGGCGGGGGGGCCCGAGAUGCCUCGAAGAGGGGGAGGGAUCAACCCCGUAAUGGACUCUAUGGAAUGCAUGUGGCCACUGUCAACAUUUCCCAAGUGUUUUCACCUACCCUGUUUUCAUUUCGAAAUUAAUUUUUUCCAAAAUAAAGAGGCGAUUUCCCCCUCA